UGGAUUGACACACAAUGAGGAGCAGAGGCUGGGGAGACGCUCCACAAACGCCGCUGUAAAUAAAUACAACAAUCACAGAGGCCAGAGAAACAUGGAGAACCAGUGCACAGUACAGGUGAAGCUGGAGUUGGGCCACAGAGCCCAGCUGAGGAAGAAGGUGACAUCAGAAGGCUUCACCCACGACUGGAUGGUUUUUGUCCGGGGUCCAGAGACCGGAGACAUCCAGCACUUUGUAGACAAGGUCGUCUUCCGCUUGCAUGAGAGCUUCCCCAAACCCAAGAGAGUAUGCAAGGAGCCGCCAUACAAAGUGGAGGAGUCGGGAUACGCAGGCUUCCUCAUGCCUAUUGAGGUUUACUUCAAGAACAAGGAGGAGCCAAAAAGGGUGUGUUUCAACUAUGACCUGUUCCUUAACUUGGAGGGUAACCCCCCUGUCAACCACCUGCGCUGUGAGAAGCUCACCUUCAACAACCCCACCAAAGAGUUCAGGAGAAAGCUGAUCAAGGCUGGAGGGGUAUUGGUGGUUCCAGAGGGGGCUGAGGCUGUGUCGAGGCCCAGUCCAGAUUACCCGAUGUUACCCACAAUCCCCCUCUCUGCCUUCUCAGACCCCAAGAAGACAAAGACCUCACAUGUGUCAAAGGAACCCAGCAAAGAAGGAAGUGGUGGCAGCAGCAAAGGCCCCAAACCGCACAAGCCAACCAAGGAGCACCGCGAACGGCCCCGAAAAGACUCUGAGAGCAAAGCCACGUCAAAAGGGGACAACGACAGAGACGGAAGCAGCAAAAGCGGCCGCGAUCCGUCCUCCUCCUCGUCCUCUUCUUCAAAAAAGCCGUCAGAGAUCAAAGUGAAAGAUGAAGUGAAGGUCCUGCCCAAAGCCGCCUUCAAGGAGCCUAAACUCACCCUGAAGGAGUCGAAGAUGGAGGGCAUGUCCCCGAAAGGAGGGGGGGGCGGCAGCGGAGGGGGCGGCGGGGGAGGCGGAGGGGGAGGGUCCGCGGAGUCCAAAGCUCCAGGGAAGCGACCCUCCACGGUGGAGUCUCCAAAGCCCAGCACUAAGAAGCAGAAGAAGGGCAGCUCUGAGGGGCCGAAGGGGCCGACCGGGGGGGCCUUCACUGGAGCGUCUCCUCGAGUCUCGUCUUCGUCCGUAGCCAAUCAGCCCUACGCCGAGAAGAAACCCCCCAAGGAAAAGGGCCGCUGGGCCAAAGGCAAGAACGACACGCAGGAGAAUAAGGAGCCCAAGAAACUUCCAGAGUCCGAAGAGUCGAAUUCAGAGGAUGAAGCGUCUUCGAAGUCAGAGCAGUCGGCCCCCUCCAGUCCUUCCAACUCUAGUUCCAGCUCUGACUCCAGUUCAGAUUCAGACUUUGAACCUGGACAGAAACAAGGCCAAGGUCCGCUGCGGUCGAUGGUGGAGGAGAUCCAGUCAGAGGAGUCGGACGACGACGACAGCAGCUCAGAGGAGGAAACCCCCAUCAAGACCAACCCCCCCAACAGAGACUCUCGACUCAGCCUGGACAGCGAGAGUGACAGCAGUGACGGCUCGCACCGCCCCAGUCGAGACCCCGCCCCGCCCCCGCAGAAACACAGCUCCUCCAAUAACAAAGUGUCGGGUCGAAAGAGUCCAGAUUCCACCUUUCGCUCAGAGAAGGUGUUGAAGAAGGGAUACGACAAGGUAGGAAGGGCCUACACGGAAGAGUUAGUGGACCUUCAUCGCAGGCUGAUGGCUUUAAGGGAGCGCAACGUCCUACAGCAGAUCGUCAACCUGAUCGAGGAGACGGGACACUUCAACGUGACCAACACCACCUUUGACUUUGACCUCUUUUCACUGGAUGAAUCCACUGUCCGCAAACUACAGAGCUACCUGGAGGCGACGGCCACGUGACAGGAAGCGGGAACCGGUGCGUGGACGGAGUCGGAGGCGGAGGUCGACUCGCCGCGUCUCCUUCAGGAGGAGACGAGCUGCCACAUCCUCCGCGGCUGCUGCACGGGCCUCCGGACUGAACCCUCCAACAACUACCGUACACCCGCAAACAGAAACACACCAACCAACACAAGCACACAUGAAGACACAACACCUUCGUGCGGCGCUGGGGAGGCGCAGGAAGACACUCAAGGAGGAGGAGAGGAGGAGGUGUGCUGUGACUCAGACAGGAGGAGCGCAGCUGAACAGUCAGGAUUUCCACUACACAUCUCUUUUUCUGAGUGUCAAACCUCUGUGCAGAGCUGUGGAAUUCACCCCACACCCCCUCCUUCACCCUCCUGCACUCAUAUUGCUCCCGCCUUUGCAAACCUAAUACUUCCCUUCCUCCUCCUCCCCCUCCUCCUCCUCCCCCUCACACGCACCCUCCUUACUCGGCAGAACGCUCCGGUUCCCUUCCCCCUGCUGUCAGCUGGAGCUCAUUUCUGUCGACAUAUCCUCGAGUCGUGUGAGUGUGUGAGUGUGAGCGCUGCUGAGGUUUAAGAGAUGUUGUCUUUGUGGUUGUUCAAGCUCGAGCACAAACAACAGCCGGUUUCCCUCCUGCACUGCAACACAACACACACACACACACACACACACACACACACUCGAACACACCGAACAAGUACAGAUCCAUGUAGGACUGGGCGAUGAAACAGCAAAACAGGACCACGCUGACAUUCAUACCUAUAAUGACGAUGAGCUUCGGACAUUUUAAACAUGUAGAACAGC